AUGAAAAGUGGAUCUCAGCCAUCCAGUAUCAUGGUCAGCUCUGCUGAUGGCCACAUUUUGGCUUCAGAUAAGCAGAAGGCAGAGCGCGUCACGGAGCACUUCAAGGAUCUAUUCUGUAGAGAUCAAUCAGCUGCUAUCCAGAAGCCAGUCCCUCACCGGCUAAGUGUGGCAGUGUCUCCAGCGGAGGUGGAAACAGCGAUGAAACGACUCAAAAACGGAAAGGCUUGUGGGCCGGACAAAGUCCCUGGAGAAUUACUGAAGUAUGGAACAUCACAGCUAUCCAUCGUAGCGGCAGACAUCAUCAACCAAAGCGUAGCAGAGGGUGCCGACAUGUCAUCGUUCAUCGGACUUGGCACACUGAUUCCUUUACAAAAACCAAAAAACCUAGAGGACCCGUGA